AUGGCCAUCGAUCAGGUUGACACAACAGAGCGCUUGCGGCAUCUGCGGGAGUUGAUGCGGCAGAAGAAGGUAGACAUCUACAUCGUACCGUCACAAGACGCCCACUCAAGCGAAUACAUAGCUCCCACAGACGCAAGACGGGAGUUCAUAUCAGGCUUCUCAGGCUCGGCCGGAACUGCUGUCAUCACCCACGACAAGGCCGCUUUGGCCACGGAUGGACGAUACUUCAACCAAGCCAGCAAGCAGCUGGACAGCAACUGGACGUUAUUAAAGCAGGGUCUGCAGGAUGUACCGACGUGGCAGGAAUGGACUGUCGAUGAGGCGGCUGACGGCAAGCUGGGUCUGACGGUCGGUGUUGAUCCAACGCUCUUUACAUCGACAGAAGCCCGAAAGCUACACAAAGGCAUUGAAAAGAAGGGCGGCAAGGGUCUUGUUGCCAUCGCAGACAACCUUGUAGACCAAGUGUGGGCCAAGCAGAAGCCGGCUCGACCAAAUGAAGCUGUCAAUGUACUUGGCCAAGACUACGCCGGCAAGAAGUUCCAGGACAAGAUCGAGGAGCUGCGAAAGGAGCUUGACAAGAGGAAGGCUGCAGGAUUUGUGGUCAGCAUGCUUGACGAAGUCGCAUGGCUCUUCAAUCUUCGUGGCAACGACAUCCCGUACAAUCCCGUCUUCUUCUCAUACGCUCUGAUAACCCCGACAAUAGCGACACUGUACAUCGACGAGACCAAGCUGAAGGAUAAUGCAAAAGCACAUCUGAUGGGUGUAAACAUCCGACCUUACGACGCUAUCUUCUCCGACAUCGCAGCACUCGCGAAAGACGAGCCUUCAACUAACGGCACGACCUCGACGCCCAAACAAAAGUACUUGAUGUCCACUGCAGCUUCAUGGGCGUUGUCUCAAGCUCUUGGUGGCGAAGACAAAGUUGACGAGGUGCGAUCGCUCAUCGCUGAAGCCAAGGCCGUCAAGAACGCCACAGAAUUGGAAGGCAUGCGGCAAUGUCAUAUCCGAGACGGCGCGGCGCUAAUAGAGUACUUUGCCUGGCUCGAAGAGGAGCUCAUCCAAAAGAAGUCCGCUAUCGACGAAGUUCAGGGAGCGGAUAAGCUCGAACAAAUACGGCAGAAACACGAAAAGUUCGUCGGCCUGUCGUUUGACACCAUCUCCUCGACCGGCGCAAACGCGGCCGUCAUACACUACAAACCCGAACCGGGCAAUUGCUCAACGAUCGAUCCGAACAAAAUCUACCUUUGCGACUCCGGCGCGCAGUACCUCGACGGCACCACUGACACGACACGCACAUUGCACUUCGGCGAGCCGACACCGAUGGAGCGCGAAGCAUAUACGCUCGUCCUGAAAGGCCACAUUGCGCUCGACCUCGCCGUCUUCCCGAAAGGCACAUCCGGCUUCUCAAUAGACGCCCUCGCACGACAAUACCUGUGGUCGAAUGGCCUCGAAUACCGGCAUGGAACGGGUCACGGCGUGGGCUCUUACCUCAACGUUCAUGAAGGUCCCAUUGGCAUCGGACAGCGAGUGCAGUACGCCGAGGUACCUCUCGCAGCCGGCAACGUCAUUUCCAACGAGCCCGGGUACUACGAGGACGGCAACUUCGGCGUGCGCAUUGAGAAUCUCUUCAUGGUGAGGGAGGUCGAGACGAAGCACAGAUUUGGCGAUAAGCCGUACCUUGGGUUUGAGCAUGUGACCAUGGUGCCGAUGUGCCGGAAGUUGAUUGAUGUCGGGCUCUUAACAGGAAGGGAAGUGGACUGGUUAAAUGAGUACCAUAAGGAGGUGUGGGAGAAGACGGCACGGUACUUUGAGAAAGAUGAGAGGAGUAAGAAGUGGUUGGAGAGGGAGUGUGCGCCUUACGCGGCAAGCUAG